AUGUACAUCUCGGAAAUGCUCACACUAAAAGCCCGUGGACUGGAGUUGUGUAAGAAGGACUAUGAUGAUCUUGUUACACAUUUGUGCAAAAAAACCAUUUCGGCUGUUCAACUGGGUGCCUUUUUGAUGGCCGUGUUCACCAGAGGCAUGACAACAGAAGAAGUGGCCAAUCUAACAGCUGCCAUGGUGAGCCAUAGUGACAAGCUCCGAUGGAAUGAUCAACAGUGGGCCAAAUCGGUAGUGGACAAACAUAGUACUGGUGGUGUGGGUGACAAGACGAGCCAUAUUCUUGCUCCAAUGAUUGCUGCUUGUGGUGGGAAGGUUCCAAUGAUCAGCGGUCGGGGAUUGGGCGUCACCGGCGGCACGAUCGACAAAUUGGAGUCCAUUGACGGCUACUCGGCUAGCAUUGGCGAGGAGAGGCUGAAAAACAUGCUUAAUGAUACUGGAUUCUUCAUAGUCGGUCAAACAGAACGUUUAGUGCCUGCAGAUCGACAACUUUACAAGUAUCGUGAUGUCACGGGAACUGUGCCUUCUGUGCCUCUAAUCACAGCCUCUAUUUUGUCGAAGAAACUUUGUGAGGGCCUUCGUGGACUCGUGGUGGACAUUAAAUUAGGUUCUGGUGCCCUUUUCCAAAAGUUGGACGAAGUUCGAGAACUUGCCAUCAGUCUGGUCACAGUUGGACGAAAACUUGAUCUAAAAGUGGUGGCGGUGAUUUCAUGGAUGGAUCAACCAUUGGGAAGCUGCAUUGGAAAUGCCCUUGAAAUGGCGGAGGUGUUCUCAAUUCUCAGUGGUGGUUCAUUUCAAGGUCGCCUGCGUGAGCUUGUUCUCACACUAGGUGCUGCACCAAUUUGGAAGCGCAGCCGUGACAAUGAUUAUCUUGGAUUCACAGGCGAGAACAUGAUGCAGGCAACUGAACUUGCCACAGAGCGUGCUAAAGCACGAGUCAUGAUGCUGGAGGCUGUGCGAGAUGGCAGAGCACAGAUGGCGAUGCGGAAGAUGCUGGUGAACCAAGGCGUGAGUUCGGGAGUCGCGGAGGCCCUCUGUUCCCCGCCCCCACCUGACUGCAUCGACCCCAUCGAUUACUACCUAGGUGUGAUGGGCAAAAUGGCCAACGGGAAGAAGUCUGUCAAGGCUCCGAGAUCCGGUUACAUCAGCGACAUUGACGCUGGAACGAUAGCUCAGGUGGUCUGGCGUCUGGGUGCAGGUCGAAACAAGUUGGAUGACGCGAUCGACCAUACCGUUGGCAUUCGUCUGCUUAAACAUGUUGGAGACGCAGUAAAAUCGGGUGAGGUCUGGUGCAUUAUCUAUUACAAAGAAAAGGAAUUGGAUUCAAAACUGGAAAUCAUGACACAUUCAGCCAUCACCGUGCUUGAGGAGACUGCCGAAACACCAAAUGUCAUCGUGGAAGUAAUUGAGUAG